AUGUUCCCGGCGCGGCCGGAUCCGUCCGUGCUGCAGCAAGCAAGCGCCGCGACGCAGUGGCAUUCAGGCACCACCCUAUCUGAGGACGAAUCGUUGGAACCAACGCCUCGAUCGGCCGAGGUGUCGCCGAAAGUUGUAGAAAAGAACGGCGUUGCUGAGAGAAGGGCGGAGACGUCGCCAACCCGUCAACCGCGGGAAGCUGCGCCUAUCCCGGAGCCCGCUGAUGAAGGUGAUGUCAAAUCCGACAACAAAGCGAUGUCGAAGGAGCACCAGGAGGCGGAAUCGUCAAAAGAGACUGAGGUAGGGGCCGACAACUGGCUUGACUACGUAGUCGACGCUGCAAGGGGACGCAUUAAACGAAAGCCGGGCCAAUCAACGUCUGAUCAAGCCGGUUCUUCACUGGAUCUGGGCAAGGGAGGGCUGGUGAAGGUUGCCAAAGUGGCAAAGCGCAAUGACGUCACCACUCCUGGUGUAGACGGAGGCCAGUUGUGGCGAGAGCGGCUAAAGCGGCGCCAGCAAAUGCUUAGCGAGAAAGAUCUUGUGCAACCGCUGCCGACACGCCAGCAGCGUAUGGCCGGAUCCGAUGAAAUUUCUCGCAAAUAG